AUGUUUAUGCCAAAAGCACAUCGCUUCGCCAUCUACAAAUCACUGUUCACGGAAGGCGUGCUCGUCACACGCAAGGAUCGGAAAGUUAUGGAGCAUUCGGAAUUGAAGAACAUCCCGAACCUGCACAUCAUCAAAACGGUAAAAUCAUUAAAAUCUAGAAACUUCGUUACGGAGCUAUUCGUUUGGGGCUACUACUACUGGUACUUGACAAAUGAAGGCAUCGACUACCUACGUAUCUACCUCAAUCUGUCUUCCGAGUCUUUACCCAUGACGCUGCAUCAGCAACGAGCCGUUCGAUCAGCCUUGCCUCUUCCGGAAAAACCAAAACAUCGUGGAGAAAACCAUGUGUAUCGUCGUAUAAAGGACACCGAUACAGGAUACAAAUCCCAUGUCGAUAGAGACAAAAUGGAAUUCCGUGGUGGUUUUGGUCGUGGUAAAGAUUUCUAA